UCCCAUUUCCGACUGGAUAAGAGAACUCAAAACACUAGAAUUCUUACCUCUUCCCAGUUCCCACCACCGUCUUCCUCAGCCAUGUCCGCCAUCUCUUCCCUCUCUUCCUCCUUCUCCUCCCUCACCCUCAAGCCCCCCAAUCCCAGCUCCCAUGGAACCCCCAAUACCCCACUCUCCUUCGCUCUCCACUCUUCCUUCAUCCCACUUUACAAAACUCCCAUUUCCAAAUCAUCAUCUUCAUCAUCCCUUUUUCUCCCUUCAUCCCAUUCAGCUCCACUCCCCCUCAUCACCUCCUCCAUGGAAGCCGGCAUCGGCGUGAUGGGGACAAAGCUCGGCAUGAUGUCGUGUUUCGAGGAGUCAGGAACUGUUGUGCCUGUGACUGUAAUUGGGUUCAGGGAGGGGAACAUUGUUACUCAGUUGAAAACUGAGGCGACUGAUGGAUACAAUGCUGUUCAGGUGGGCUAUCGCCGCGUUCGGGAUAGGAAAUUGACUAAGCCGGAGAUGGGACAUCUUGAAAAAUCUGGGAUUAUUCCGUUGAGGCAUUUGCAGGAGUUUAGGCUGCAGAGUGUGGAGGGGUUUGAGGCCAAUCAACGCCUUGUGUUUGAUGAAUUGUUUAAGGAAGGGGAUUUGGUGGAUGUUUCUGGGACCACUAUUGGCAAAGGAUUCCAAGGCGGAAUCAAGAGACACAACUUCAAGAGAGGCCAAAUGUCACACGGAUCGAAGAGUCAUAGGGCACUUGGAUCAAUUGGUGCUGGAACAACUCCUGGACGGGUAUACAAGGGAAAGAAAAUGCCUGGAAGAAUGGGAGGUACCAAGAGAAAGAUUAGGAAGCUGAAAAUUAUCAAGAUCGAUAAUGAGCUUAGAAUUGUGAUGGUUAAAGGUGCUGUACCUGGUAAGCCAGGAAACCUUCUCCGCAUAACUCCAGCAAAAAUCGUUGGAGUGAAUAUACCCAAGAACUAGCUCUCUCUCUCAUUCUCAUGACUCAAAUCUCUGUAAUUUACAUAUAAGUCCCAAGCUUACUCCCAGCAUUGAUUCAGGGUUUUGGUUGUCUCACCUUGCCUCUUGUUUUUGGUUUCCCCAGAACGUAGCUGUUUUAAUUCUGAGGAGUUAGACAGAACUAGGAAACAACUUCACUCUCUUAGAGCCUGACUAUAUAUAUAUA